UGGCACUGAAUGCGCAUGAUCAGUAGUUCGGAGCGCCGCGAGGCAGGGAGUGGACUGCAGUCGUGCGUAGUCGUAGCUACAAACAUGGCGCAAGCAAUAUACGACAGCAACGCUUUUUCUGUGUUUUACGGCAGCAGAAUAGCACCGAGCACAAGCCUCGCUUAUUCCGAGUAUGCCACGUCCGUUCCGCUGGACCUCUCCUGCCACAGUCGCAGCCCACGUACAGUCAACAGCGCCGUUAGUAGUGAUGCCACGAAGCACACAACAAGAAAGGCUUUGGAAGAGCAAGCAUCAGCAAGUUUCGACUACAACGGGAGCAUUCCUGGAGUCAGCGGGGAAUCCUCGAGCCGCCAGCUGGAACAAGGAACCCUGGUCGACGACCCAGCUCUCUCGUGUCCUACUUGCGACUUCACUUUCGCCAGCACGGCAAACUUCCGUAAACACGUCGAGCACCACGAGGCCGGAAGAAGACAUCUAUGUCGCGAAUGUGGUGCGUUGUACAGGACUCCUUCUGAGUUAAAGGAACGCAGUCACACACACACUGGCGAGAGGCCAUAUCAGUGCGGACGUGUGCGGAGAAAAAUUUGCCAUGAAGAAAAACAUGAAGAGGCACAAGACGACGCACACCAACGAAAGGCCCUUUGAAUGUCAUCUCUGUGCGGCUGCGUACAAGAGGCGAGCUAACCUGGUCCACCACAUCAAGAAGCACCGCGCGGAAAUCUGCGAGCGUGACGCCAUUGUAUCACAACUGUCCCCAAUGAAGAAGAAAAAGAGUUGCUUUCCGUUGCAGCGCCUGCUAUUUAGGUGGAAACGCGGGCAAACCACCUAGCUAUAUACUUACCGCGUGUAAACGCAGUUGGUCUGAUUUUACAACUUCCGACUACAGCCGGAAAAAGACAGUGCAAACAUUUUUGUUGCCAUCUCAAGACCGUAUACGCAUAUCCUCUUUUAGCAUUUUACUUUCCGAAUGUGCAGUCUUACCAUAGCUCUCUCCCUGUUUAUGUAAUGAGCACGUUAUGCUUCUUUUAUUUCGGAACAUUAUUAACGAGGCACGUUAGUUGUCAAUAAAAGCAUUCACGCAUUUUAUCG